AAACACAACCGAGAGUGAUUUUUAAAUAUAUUCCCCCCAAGGAAAUCCUUGGAAAGUUGCAUUGGAUGCUCUUCAGAGACAGCUUAUCACAACCUCACCAUUUUAUGUUAUUCAAUUCACUAAAAAAGGUAUUCUUAUUACUACAUGAUUAUGUAAACCACUUAUUAGCUCAAAAUGGCGGAGGAACAUCAUGUAUCGAAGAGAGGGUUUGCUUGGCAAAAUGACGACACGUAUCUACGAAAUGUGGAGAGGGAAGUCUUGAUCCCCAAGAAGAUGCGAGACAAAGCCAAGGACAGAUGUGCCCAGCAUGUUGACGCAUUUACCAAGUGUUGUCAGGAAAGUGGGCUAGCGAUGGCAGUCAAAUGCAGGAAGGAGAAUAACGAAUUGAGAGAAUGCAUCACAAAAUACUACAAGGAUCCAGAGUUUUUCGAGAUGUGCAAGCAGGAGUACUUGGCUGAGAGGGCAGAGUUCAGAGCCACCGGUGUCACUCAGAAAAAGAAAAAGCUUCUACAGGAGCAGGCAGCACAAGGGCAGCAACAUGCAACAUAGUCCUCAGAGUAGGCAUCAAGGUCCUCAGAUGGUGAUGUCCUCAGACUGCAAACAACAGAACAGUGGGCUGGACUGUCAAAGUUUGGAACUCAACAGCAAUUUGAAAUUCCAGAGGCCACUGUCUGAAGUCAUUUAUAUCUUCCAGGAGACUACUCAUACAGUUGUAUGAGUAGACUCCCAUUAAUAUUUAGACACCAGGGGUGUGGUAGAUUCAAAUGCACAGUGCUCUAAAUAGGUCAGCUGUUUGAGUACAGUGCUUAUUCAGCUAAGCUGUACUGUUGAUUCUCCUAACUUCCAAGCAGUCAGCAAGUUGUUCAAAAAAUUUGAAUCCUGAUGUGCAAAUUGAUACACACAUGUACAUGACACUGAAGGACAGGAUUGGUUGAGUCCAGUCCAGUCUGUAAGCUCGUCUGUCAAUUGAGCUUCAUGUCCAGCUGUGUUGGAAGUCCUGAAUUCUAAUCAGUCAUCAGGUGAUUUAAACUUGAUUUUUGUUUAUUCACGAAUAUUUACAUGACUUCUAGUGCCACAGCUGUUAGUUUGAAUCUAGUUGCAGCUGCAUUGAUUCUCCUGAUUUCCAAUCAGUCAGUGAGUGGUUAGAAUCCUGUUGUAAAUUCAAAGGACUCCUAAUGUGACAGCUGUUGGAAUCUAAACAAAGUGAUGUUUAAUGGACUGUACCGUGGAGCCCACAUAUUGGUAAGCAUAAAAAUAUUGCCCAGCCAAGUUCAUUUCCUUGGAAAAAGAAACCCUGAAUUUCUCAUGAUUAAUUUACAUACUGAACCUUACAUCUUCCUAAUGCUUCAAAUCUAUCUGAAGGUUUUGUAGGAUUUACGUAGGGUAAAGUACAGAUGAUUCAGGACAACUAAACUAUCAAAGCAGAUGCUCUUUAGCUCAAUUCAGGCUGUUUCACUUGAAUGUAUUUUUGCAUUAAAACAAUGUCAAAAACAGACGACCAAGCAUGUUUCUUUUCUAUGGUUUUUCUGUCCCUUCUAAAGUUGGUAGAGAAUACAUUUCUUGAUUGUACAAAAUACUCAAGUCUGGUAUGAGAAUGAGUCUUGAAUUUGAGUCCCGCCCAAGUAAACCUGUAAAUACUUUUUUCUCAAACACUUUUUAACCACCUUAUUUUGUAUGUAAAAUGUGGAAUGUAGGAACAGUAGUGAGUUCUUGUUCACAGACUUGGCUAUGAGUGAAUUGUAAAUGUCAGCCUUUCAUGAUUAAAUGUAUCCAAUUCUUUUGCACCUCCUGUAUAGCAAAAAAAAA